AUGACGGGUGCCCACCUCGCAAUGAUUGGGGGAAGCUUCAGGUACGCCAACCACAGCGGACGGCCUAACCUUGUUGUCGAGCUUCGACCUGUGGACGGGAACAGCGCCGCGGCCGUCGCUGCUACCGCGAGUAGCGGUUUUCCCGACCGGGAAGGGGUGGCUCUUACGACCCUCAGAGACGUGGUUGGAGGAGAGGAGCUGACUUUCGACUACGGCGAAGAGUGA